AAUAUUAGACUCUUAACCCUUUAUUCCUGUUGAAUCUAGAUCAUGAAUGCACCAAGUUAUGAAGUUCAUAGCAACAUAAGUCUAUCUUAUGCAGUUUCAAGCUCAAAUAUCAAACAUGAUUUGAAUUUUUGUAAUGGAUCCAAAACUUGGGUUUCGCAAGGAACCCAAAAACUAGGUUCUUUGAGGAACCUAGAUUUGGGUUCCUCGCGGAACCCUGAGGAACCCAUAAUGAUGAAGAGCAUGGUGAAGGGGAUGGUGAAGAUGAUGAAGAGGAUGGUGAAGAUAAACGGUCACAUGAUGAUGCUCGAGGAUGAAGGUGAGGAACCUAGAUUUGGGUUCCUUGCGGAACCCCAAGGAACCCAUAAUGAUGAAGAGCUUGGUGAAGGGGAUGGUGAAGAUGAUAAAGAGGAUGGUGAAGAUAAACGGUCACAUGAUGAUGCUCGAGGAUGAAGGUGAGGUGGCUAGCCUUCUAACUCGUCACUCCCCUCGUUUUUCCUCGUCCUUGACUUCGCUUCUUGAAAUGGUGGACAAGGAAAAACUAUGAGAUAACUCAGUAAGUAAAUAUGGAUAGCCCGAGAGUAAAAUUUUAGCAUGCUUGAUAAACGGUUUAACAUAACAAAACGUUCAAUGAUAAACCGUUAAUGCAGAAUCAAAUUCAGUUCAAUAAACAAGCGUUCAAUAACAAAUCGUUAAUGCAGAAGAAAAUUCAGUAGUAGUCUCAUCUAUAGGUCAUGGCCAGCGUUUAUAAACCUCCCACUGGCGGGCACAAUAGUAACCGAUGUUUUAUCCCAUUGGCAGGAUUUUAGAAUGAACUGGUCCUAUCAGU